AUGUUGCCCAUGACCCAAUGUUGGCCUAGACCCAAUGUUGGCCUCGACCCAAUGUUGGCCUCGACCCAAUGUUGGCCUCGACCCAGUGUUGGCCUCGACCCAAUGUUGGCCUCGACCCAAUGUUGGCCUCGACCCAAUGUUGGCCUCGACCCAAUGUUGGCCUCGACCCAAUGUUGGCCUCGACCCAAUGUUGGCCUCGACCCAAUAUUGGCCUCGACCCAAUGUUGGCCUCGACCCAAUGUUGGCCUCGACCCAAUGUUGGCCUCGACCCAAUAUUGGCCUCGACCCAAUGUUGGCCUCGACCCAAUGUUGGCCUCGACCCAAUGUUGGCCUCGACCUAGUGUUGGCCUCGACCCAAUGUUGGCCUCGACCCAAUGUUGGCCUCGACCCAAUGUUGGCCUCGACCCAAUGUUGGCCUCGACCUAG